AUGGAGCCCAACGGGACGGCGGCGGCGGGGGACAACGGGACGGCGGCGGCGGCGGCGGGCGGCGGGGGUGCCCCCGGGAGCGGCCCCCUGCUCAUCCCGUCGGCCUUCGGGACGGUGCUGUCGGUGAUGUACGUGGCCGGGGUGGCCGGCAAUGUCUACACGCUGGUGGUGAUGUGCCACUCGGCGCGCUGCGCCGCCCCCAUGUACAGCUCCAUCGUCAGCCUGGCCCUGGCCGACCUGCUCUACCUCUCCACCAUCCCCUUCAUCGUCUGCACCUACCUGGCCCAGGACUGGUACUUCGGGGACCUGGGGUGCCGCAUCCUGCUCAGCCUGGACCUGCUCACCAUGCACGCCAGCAUCUUCACCCUCACCCUCAUGUGCACCGAGCGCUACCUGGCCGUCACCCGGCCUCUGGACACCCUGAAGCGGUCGAGGGGCUACCGGAAGGUCACGGCGGGGGCUGUGUGGUCGGUGUCGCUGCUGCUCACGCUGCCCAUGAUGCUGAUGGUCACGCUGACCGAGGGGGGCAAGGCGGAGGGCAAGGUGAAGAGGAUGUGUGCGCCCACCUGGAGCGUGGACGCCUACCGGACCUACCUGACCGUGCUCUUCAGCACCAGCAUCAUGGCCCCGGGCAUCAUCAUCGGCUUCCUCUACACGCGCCUGGCCAGGACCUACCUGGAGUCCCAGAGGAACCCCCCCCACAAGGAGAAGAGCAAGAGGUCCCCCCGGCAGAAGGUCCUCAUCAUGAUUUUCAGCAUCGUGCUGGUCUUCUGGGCCUGCUUCUUGCCCUUUUGGAUCUGGCAGCUGGUGCGCCUCUACAGCAGCUCCCUGCAGCUCACCACCCAAACCCAGAAGUGCAUUAACUACCUGGUGACCUGCCUGACCUACAGCAACAGCUGCAUCAACCCCUUCCUCUACACCCUGCUCACCAAAAACUACCGGGAGUACCUGCGCAACAGGCACCGCAACUUCUACAGGUUCACCUCCUCCUUCCGCAAGAGGGGCUCCAACCUGCAGUGCUCCUGGGGCCGCUCCAUGUCCUCCAGCAACCAGUACGACUACAGCUCCGAGGCGCUGGGCAUGGCCACGCUGAAGGACAAGUGAG